CAAAACAGACUAUUGCGUGUCGUUAAAAUCAUUGAGUGUAUUGUACUUUCGUUACUUCGACUUACAGAGAAUAACAUGGGCGGCUUUUUUCGUAUCGUAUUUUACACCAUUCUAUCAUUUCAUCACACGUGGUCAAAAGGUAAGUGGUUCAUUUAUGUCUUAGUAGCUCAUAAUUUCAAAAUAAAGCUCCUGUUAUCAUGUUUUUAAUCCCUCUUUAAUUCAUUCAACGGGAAUGAAUUGAGAAGUCUACAUUUAACUAAAGCUUCAAAGAUAGAAUGCGCAUUGCUGUGGGAUCUGAUUUAAGUAGGGAAACAUGGGAUGUCAGGGAUAAGUGUUAAGCGGGCUUCUCUUCGUUGAAUUUUCCUAUCAGUAGUUUGCGUCGUCGACAUUUAUCGGAGUCGUUCAAUUAUCAACGCAUAAUAUAUUUUCAAGAAGCUUGAAGAUUUGAGUUACACGAUUCCCAUCAUGGUUUAAUUAAAAUUUUUUGUGAAAAUGAAUUUGUCUUGGACUUCCUCCAGAGCAGUAGCUUGCAUGCGGUGAACGUGCUAAAAUGUCACGCUGUCUGGCGCGCACAUGCUGAAGUACGUCAUAAGAUUUAAUAUACUCUAGGAAUUACGAAGUUACGAGGGGCCUUUGAUAGGUCUACUUUAGAGAUUGGGACUCAAUUUGUUGUGACAAAUGUUGAUGGUGACACGUGCCCGGAACUUUGGAACAAAUAAAAUGAAACAGAAUAAAAUCCGGAAUAAAAUCAAAUAAAAUUAAAUGUUUAACUGCGUAGCCUCCCCGGCCGCAGACGUCCUUUGGGGUUCAUUCGUCACGCAUUCAUUGGGAAUGAAUGCGUGACGAACGAACCCAAAGGGACAUCUGCGGGGAGGCUAUUAACUGCGCUACCCUACCCUCAUGUAAUGAGUUUCGGUUUCCACAAGAGAAGAAAUAAAAAUUAAACCUCGCACCCGGUGAAGGGGAUUAAUUGAUGAAAAGGAAAAGUAACUGAGACCAAUCUUUGUUAAAGGAGCUGUUAACUUAUAGGGACAAAAUCUUAGAACUACAACGAUCUAGGAAGGCAAAUCGUUCAAGAGUCACAUGUUUGCGGUUUUCAAUCUGUUAAAUGCUAGCUGAGAGAGAUGAAAGAUUCAGGCGCUAAGAAGUUCGAGGUGUCACCAUGUUGAGGGUGGCCUUUGGUAGAUUCUAGAAAAAUCAAUUCAUCAUUAUGAGGCGAGAGACAACCGCCGGAAGCAAGAUGACUGGGCUUGGCACAUUUUACCAGCCUCCCACCAACUAACCACGUAAACCAAACGAAAAUCUCUUCCGCUUCCUUUUAUGAUAUUUUCUAAUGCUAGGACUUCCUCUUUCCAUGUAAAGAGUUUCAAAGUCAUUUAACAUUAGGCUUAGCUCAUUCACUGCAGUCUUUACUAACUUUUUAAUUUGUGAACCUAACCUUUUGAUAAUGCAAGUUUAUCAUUUAUAAGAAAUUAGGUUUUUUUGCAUGCUGCAAUGGUCAUUCCUCUUAUUUUGAAAGUUUGAUUUGAUGUCAGAUGAUUGCAACCACCCCCUCGGAAUGAGUGAAUCAGACAAGAGAAUCCCGGAUGAGAGUAUUACGUCAUCGUCCAAGUUAAGCUCGAAUCACGCUCCUUCUAACGCAAGAUUGAACGGACCGAGGGCCUGGUGCUCCGCUCUAGAUGAUAACUCGCCUUACAUACAGAUUCGUUUUGUUAAGGAAAAGUUGAUUACUGCAAUAGAAACUCAAGGAAGCGCUCCUGACAACAGUUGGUCAACUAAAUAUGAUGUCCAUUACUUGAAGAAAGGGAAAUGGACACUGUUCAAAGAGGUAAUAUGGCUUAGUACUGCAUUUUACUCUCUGCCCCGGGUAUAUCUCAAGAAUUUGCAAUUUUUGUAGUUUACAGUUAAUUACCCAUUCCAAGAACGAAACCUUUCUGUAAUUUACCGUAACUAGCAGCUUGAACGAGAAGAUAAGAAAUUAAAAAUAUUUCUCAUCUCCUGGGCCAAAAGACUGACCAGGACUAGUCAAGGGUUUUGGCCCGUUUUCAAGGUAAAAUGGAACUUUGCAUAAUUCAGGAAAAUCCUCACAGGGCUGAAUAUACAACAAACACGUUCAAAAGAAAAAAAAACUUUUUUCCCACCAUCAUUGCCGCAUGAUCCAGUACACAUUUACUACCCGGAAAUCGAAGGGCGAAGUAGGUACGUUUGGUGCGAUUGUGUCGCUGUUUGUUAUUAUUAUUAUUAUUAUUAUUAUUAUUAUUAUUAUUAUUAUUAUUAUUAUUAUUAUUAUUAUUAUUAUUAUUAUUAUUAUUAUAUAUUACUAUUUUCUUUGUUUUUUAGCAGUUGAAAGAAACUUUUGAAUUUUAGAGGUUGACAGUUUUUUUUUUUAUUGAAAUGAAAUGUUUUUUAAUUCGAAAAAAUUUUUCUUAGUUUUAAUUAACUUAUUUAACUUUUGAAUUUUAGAGGUUGACAGUUUUUUUUUUUUAUUGAAAUGAAAUGUUUUUUAAUUCGAAAAAAUUUUUCUUAGUUUUAAUUAACUUAUUUUUAAGCUAAAUUAAGUGCUUUUUAAAUCGACAGAUUUUUAAAUUUUUUUUAAUUAUUAUUAUUAUUAUUAUUAUUAUUAUUAUUAUUAUUAUUAUUAUUAUUAUUAUUAUUAUUAUUAUUAUUAUUAUCAUUAUCAUUUCUUUCGUUUUGCACGAGGAUUCACGGUUGUUUUAGCUUGUUGCUAAGUCCUCCAUCCAAAACUAGUGGCAGAGAUUGCAAAUCUACCCUUUUACCAAGACGGGACUCGUGCAAAUCGCGAUGAAACUCAUGCUCUUUUGGUACGUCCAUAAAAACUAGCUGACAAACAUCUUGCUUUGUAAAAUGUGCUACAAUUUUUGGCCGGUUUGAUCAUUUUUAAAAAGUGUCGGUGUAAAGAGAAGGAUAUCUGCUUUGUUUAUACUUCCACUCUGGUAUUCAGUACUUGAAAUGUGUGGUAAUGAAUAAUAAUGAUUCAGGUAUCAGCUCAUACAAGUGAUCAGUCAGUCUUAUUUGCUCUAAUUUAGGGGCUUACUGGUAAUAGACACCCUAACAGACUGCAGAAGAACAGCUUCAAAGCAACAGAGCAGUUCAGGACAAAUUCCAUUCGUAUUUAUCCCAAAGAGCCAUUUGCAAAGUUUCAAAAACUAACACCUGAAGUUCCUUGCCUUCGACUGGAGCUCUACGGAUGUACAGCACCAGGUAAGUUAUCCGAUUAUAUGUGAUUUGUUUGUAAUCAAACAAACAGCGUUUAAUUGCAUUUCUCAAUCUCAUUAAUAAUUCAUCAAGUGAUAAACCAAUUGCGUGCCCGCAUUUAGGUCACAUUGAUGCACCUUGAUACCGCGGUAAAGAACAGCGUGUUUGGAUAUGAUAUCCAAACACGUGUGUUUGGAAAUCAAUUAGAAAAAGCAACACACAACUUAAACAAAGCUGUAUUACUUCUAUUGUUUGCUGUUUUCAUUUACGUCUUUCAUUUCUGCGUCUAAGCAUCGACGAAAAAUAGCAAACCUGAAAAGUAGUAAAUCAUAAAUUUCGUAAACAUUCUAAGUUUCUAUAUCACAUAAAGCACACUAGAUUAAAGUAUAACUUCUCCAAACUUACCUCUUAUCACUGCUGUCUAAAGAAUUCAAUGCAUUCCCUCCAUUUACGUCCUCCAAAUACCGCUUUAAGCCACAAACAAUUCCAUACAAGGAACGAGACGGAUAGCGACCACUGUUCUUAUUAGCAACUUCUUGGACGAAUUUUGUGAGCCAAUAGUUUAGGGAAAGACUAUCCAGGCCCUCCAACUUCUCUUCGAGACUUUGCACACCGUGAACAUCAUAAUCUUUGAACACGCUUGCCACGUCAAGUAUACAGAAUUUUUGCUCCCGCGUUGCUUGCCAAGUUCUGAAAACCUCAACGGCCCACCUGUCUUUAUGCUGUGUUCUUGCUUGGACUGUACAAGCAAAGAACCUUCUUCUUGCACACUUUUGGGCGGUCGAAACCGGCAAGAUUCAUCCUCAGCUAACCCGUCCAUGUUUCGGAACUAGCAGAACGCCACUGAAUGCAAAUUGUGAGUACUUGAAAUAAACAAGCUUUGGUUGUGAAAAACACGGACAUUAUCAUCACAAACUAUGCCCUGAUUAAACAAAAGAAGAAGGCAAAAAUCACAUGCUCAUGUGGUUUUUGCUUUCUUUUGUUUUCUUUUUUUCUUUUGUUUGCAAUCAGGCGCCGAUUGAGAAGCCAUUACAAAAACUCGUGCUUCGUGUUUUACCGGUGUUUCCAAACACUCGAAAACAAUAAAAUGGAAACCCUGGUAAAACACUCGCACUCGUUUUUGAAAUAUUACUUCCUCGAGUAAGCGACCUUGCUCUCAUCAGCGUCUUCCCUUAAUAAGAGGUUACUUCCCUUAACUAUCAAAUACGCCAACCAUUCAACAAGCGCCCUGCACUAUUUUCAAUCCUUUUUUAUUAUUAUUUGAUAAGUCGUUAUAUCACUUUUGGGAACAGAUUUUCCUGUUCGUUAUUAAGAGUAUCCUUCUCGAAUAAGCGUUACACUUGUUGACAAGUGCCGCCUCAGGCAGUAAAACACAACUCAGCUAGGUCUCACAAGUAUGUAAAGUCAGAUCUAGAACUAAAAAAACAUGGCGGGUGCUACACACAUGUCAUAUAUAGUUUCCAGGCCCUUACGAUUCCAACCGACUCGCGGGCUCAUAGCAAUAUAAUAUCAACAACACCCUCCCCCACCUCCUCGCUGAAGUAAAAUUAAGAAAACAACAAUCGAGGAGGAACCCAGAAGAUUGUAAAGUCCCAGAAAAUUAAACGAACGGCGAUCAAGGGGAGUUCAUGAGUGUACUAAAAAAGUUAUACUACUGUAGCACUCAAAGCAUCUAUUUGUAUUAAAAGAAAUCCUUGAAGGCUGGCUGUAUGAUGUAGAUUGUUGAAUAAAAUAUUAUUCAUUAUUCUCAGCAAUUUGCAAAGAUCCUGGAAUUCCACAACAUGGCGUAAGGCAGGGUAAUGAUUUUGAACACGGUAUAGCAGUGAACUUCACGUGUAAUGCCGGGCUUACUUUGGUCGGUAGCAAGUCAAUCAAGUGUCACAAUGGAAUUUGGAGCUCAGGUUUACCUCAAUGCAAAAGUAAGUUGAUUUGAAUGGUAAUAGUGGUUUGUAAACGUAGGGUUUGCUUUUGUACUCUUUUGCAACGGCAUAAAAAAUAUUAUUUUACAUUUUUUCAACCCACACCUCGAGGGUGCGAGAUGAAAAGUUUAAAAAGAAAUAGAAGUGUCAUCAAUCACCUAACCCUUCACCGACAUUUUAAGUUUUAUAACUAAUACCAAUUUGUCUUUAGCUACUUGCAGGAAUCCUGGAGUCCCGCAAAAUGGAAGGAGGCGACAAAAUACGUUUAUUGAUGGCGACUCAGUUGAAUUUUUCUGUGAUGUAAACUACACGUUGAUUGGCUCGUCUGUUAUCCGCUGCAUUAAGGGAGUGUGGAGUUCAAGUGUUCCGACUUGCAAAGGUGUUAUAAAUUAACAUUCUUUUCCGCUCCCCGUAAGAACUAUCGUAGAACCAUCAUACUUUUAAGCAUGCCAAAUAAACAACCGAACCUAAAAUCAUUUCUUUCGUCAGAGAUAAUAGGCCAUUUGCACUAAGAGGUCAUGUGACAUCAUUUUCAUGAAAAUGAAAGUUAUAUGACUUUGCCUUCAAAAAACCAUUAGUGGGUCAUGUCUUAAACAAAAUAAUAGUGAUUACGUUUUUCAAACCCGAACCAUUUUCUUAAAAUGAGUCAGUUCGUAGCUGGUCACGUGACCAAAAUGUGAUUUUAUUUAAAAACGAUGAAUUACCUCUUUCUGGACAGAAAUUUUGCACUUAAACUUCAAGGAAAUUGUUGAAAAGAUGAUGUGGUAACGUUUUCAGCACAUCUGAGUGUGACUAUCAAACGUUUAACAAGAUACAAGCAAAAAGCAGUUUUGGCCGCCAUAUUGGAGGGCAAGAGUAUGCCCUCCAACAUGGCAGCCAAUACAAAUCAUACCACUUUGUUUUGUGCCACAAAAUAUCUCCUUUAAAUGCCUUUUCUCGCAAAUUUCGGGUGUAAGAUAAUUUUUAUGCCCUCCGUCAAUUUUUGGCAUCAGCAAGAUUCCAAUUUAUUGUUUAAAAGAAGCAUUGGUCACGUGACCUCUUAGUGCAGGCGGCCUAUUAUUCGUUAUGGUCCGUCGCGGUGGAUCUGAACUAAAGUAGACAUCAGCUGUUGUUCUAGAUUUUCUUACACCCUUGUGUAAAUUUAGUGUGCUACAAUUUUGAGAUCAGUGAUGAUAUGCUGAAGUAUCGGUGUACUCUAACCAGUGUUGUUUAUUUUUCUUCCCUUUUUUUAGCUUCUUGUCCAGAUCCCGGAGUACCGCAAAACGGGCAGAGGGUUGGCACGAGUUUUGGGCACGGCAAACACCUUCAGUUUUAUUGUAGUUCAGGUCAUUGGUUGGUUGGAAGCCAGCUGAUCGUUUGUAAUGAAGGCAAAUGGAGUAACGACAUUCCCACGUGUAAAGGUAGAUUUUCUACAGUGAGAACGCAACGCGACAUUGUAGUGUUUUUGGGAAGAAGAGUAUAAAUUUUGUGUUGUCAAGUUAAGUGAUAGAAUUAACAAGCACUCUUAAAAGCAGACAGAGUAAUACCAUCUCAAGAAGAAAGACAACAUUUUUUUUUGUUUUCAGUGCAAGGUGUGUUUCCUUGUUAUAACUAGUCCCAUCAUUAUUGUUUUGAAAUGAUUCAGUUAAGAACAAGGGUUCAUUCAAUCACAGUCCCUAAAUCAGAAAAUAAAAGAUGUUAAAUUGUUCAGUACUAACCAUCCUCGGAACUUUCGGAGUCCAUCUGAUUUCAACGAAAUUCUCUUCCAGAAUAGUCCGUCAUGGUUAGUCAUCGUUUUAGAUUACGCUUUGCAACGUAGCUUAACCAGAAAGAGGGGCGGAAGGGAAGGAGGGGGGGGGGGGGGGUGGGGUAGGGGGGGGGGGGGGGGGUUGAGAUACUGCUAAAGGGUUCUCCUUCAGUAGCAGCUUCUCGCCAAACCAAUUGGCUUGACAAAACAUUGAUUGACAGCUAAGCACUAUCCAUUUCUCUCCUUUAAGGGGUGAAUUUGGCUAGAUAUUCGUAUUCGUAUUCAUUUUUGUUUUUUAGAUUGUUUUACGAUGCUAAUUGCCGUGCCGUGUUUCUUUCCUAGCACUUGUAAACGCUUAUAAACGCCUCCGAGAAGGCAUAUUAUUUUUUCACGAGCCUGAGUUUGAGAUGAGUUUGGUAAUUUUUGCCCUUAUAAUUAACCCUUUUUUAUCAGCUAUGUGUAGAGAUCCUGGUAUCCCUCGCAAUGGGAUAAGAAUAGGCGAUGAUUUUGGAGAUGGUCAAAUGGUAGCUUACCAGUGUGACAGCAAUUUUGAUCUUUUUGGUUCAUCUACGUCGUUUUGUAUAGCAGGAGAGUGGAACUCUACAAGACCAACAUGUAAAGGUGUGUAUGUCGUCAUGAAAUAUUCUUAAAAUAUAUUACCGUAAAGUUCCCAUAGUAGCAACUCUCGUUACUUUUGGAAUCAGCAGCAAUGCAUGAAUCAGCCGAUGUAGAGAAAAUCGAAUUCUUCUCUGACUCAGGGGCGAGGAAAGCUAAACUCAGUGCUUUAACAGUCCAUGACAAAAAAUGCGUUCUAUAGUCAGGAGCCCUCAGGGUGAUGGGUUCCUGUUAUUGUGCAGUAUACAGAAGUUUCAGUUUUAACUUGAAGAAACGUUCCUGUUCUUGAUAUGAACUUUAUAUCAGUGUAGUUUUUGCACUGCGCAAUCUGUGAACUGACUUCAACGACGAAUGGAAGUUUCAGGCAUGCCAUGUUUUCCUUGUUGUAAAGUGCCUUUCGUGAUAAAUUUGUAAAUGCACGAAGAUAUUAGAAUUGUAUGUACAUUAAAAAUUUGACUAUAGAUUGCAGUUGGAAAACAUUAAAGGUAUGAGAUUCGGUAUGUUUAUAAUUGAAAAAACGUAGUCUCGAUAGUGGGGACUCGCUACUUUCGGGGGGAGGGGUCGCAACUUUCGAGGGCUCGCUAUUUUCGGGAUUUAUUAGAAGUCACAAACUUUUGGCGUUACUUUUGGGGGUCGCUACUAUGGGAACUUUACGGUAUUGUGAAAAGUUGCCUCUUAUACAAAGGAAGCGAGUAAUCAGAGUAACUUCAACUGAAACAACUUAAACUUUCAUGUUGGUGUUCAUAUUUAUAGCUUCCUGCUCUGAUCCUGGUGUGCCUAAACAUGGCCAGAGGAUUGGUUCUAACUUUGGACAUGGCAACAAGGUCACAUUUGUGUGUCCUGCUCAAUACAGUCUGGAGGGAAGCCAUUCUAUGACAUGCCAUGAGGGAAAAUGGACCUCUACCCUUCCUGUUUGUAAAGGUAUUAUGAAGCGAAAAUGAAAAGACAUUCGAGAAGUACGUCAACUGUUCCUUUGUAAACAGAUUCCCUGCAGCUGUAACUGUAUGUGUGUAGCCAAACUUUUAAAACUUCUCUGUUUCACAUUUCUGAAACAGAGAACACCUUUUCUGUGUUAGAAGGCUGUAAUUAGAUUGAUAGAGCUUAUAAAAAACAUAUUUUUAAUCACAACAAAUCAGCAGGUUUCUAUGCUCGGAAUUCCCUAUCUGUGUGUGAAAAAGCGAUCUCUUGAAAUUGACAGCAACAUUUUCAUCAUGAAAAAACAUUUUGAAGCACCCUUAAAGUAAUUAAGUCAAUAUCUGAAAGGUUAAGCUAUUAUCUCUUUUUACUUUCCUAACUUCCUCUACUUUCUUUAACAGAUUAUGUUUUAGACGACAAGAAUUUAUUUACCUUUCUUUCUAUCUUAGCAUCCUGUAAGGACCCAGGCAGACCUCAAAACGGCGUUCAGCAUGGAAACGAGUUUGGUCACAACAAACACAUUUCAUUCUCUUGUCAGCCGGGAUUCCAAAUGACCGGAAGUUCCGCUGCUGUUUGUAUCAAUGGAAAAUGGAGUGCAUCUGUUCCUCGCUGCAUUGGUACUGAUGCAUUGUUUUGCUUAUUAUGUAUGGUUAAUAUAUACUGAUACUGUAGGUUAACUGUGUUUGCUUGCUGUACCAAUGAUUUUUUUAGCUAUCUGUCCUGAUCCUGGGGUCCCUGCUAAUGGAAGUAGGAUAGGGAACGACUUUCUGGAUGGUCAAACUGUGGCUUUUAGGUGUGAUCAAGGUCACACCCUUAUUGGCUCUCAAGUGUUACAAUGCGUGGCAGGAAAAUGGAAUGGAGUUUCGCCAAAGUGUAAAGGUAUAAUUUUUGCUCUAGAAGGAAAGCUUUGCAAGCAAAUUUUUGUCUUACUUCUCUUAAUGUUUUAAUGGUAGCGCCCGGCAACUAUUUUCUUGUUAUUCUUUCCUUUAAAGCCUCGUGUCCGAACCCAAUUGUUCCGUCCAACGGCCGUGUUCUUAAUUCAAGGCCUGGUCUUAGUCGCCAUGGCGACAAGGUUAAGUACGCUUGUAACUCUGGUUUCAGACUUGAAGGUUCUUCCACCAUAAGGUGUAACAAUGGAAAGUGGAAACCAUCCGCUCCCUUGUGCAAAGGUAUGAAGGUGAUUAUUUCAUCUACGAAAUAAACAAGUAUGUCGACCUUAUACGUUGUUAUGCACCAGAGAAAAGAGGUUACAGAUGUAUAAACUUUGGAUGGUUUCUUGACGUUUUUAUGCCCGAAGAACAAUUAUUCGUUGAUUUCCUGUUUUUGCCAAAGAUAGGUCGGGUGAAGGAGAUCACCUUAUUUCCUCGAAUAAUAACCGGGGGCGAUUAUUAUAUUUUUCGCACAAAAAGGGAGCGUUGUUCGAGGGAAGGCGAUAAUUUCAAACAUUGCUCACUGGAAGUCGAGCCCUGAAUGUUUUGUUUUAUUAUCCCAUUAAAUAAAAAACGAUCACUUCAAAUAUACUGAACAUGGGCUUUUAAGUGUUCCAAAUUUGGUUCCUUGAUUAAUUUUCAAUGUCAAUAUCCAUUAUCCUCAGCGUCAGAGAUUGAAUCCUCACUGAUCAGUUUCGCUGAAUUAGACUCCACUUCAACUUGACAUGGAAGGGAAAAAAGAAAGAGAAGGCGGCCAGAGGGGUGAGGGGAAGGCGAUUAUUCCAGGGAAUCGAUUAUUUUAAAUAUUUCCAUCUAAGGGGGGGGGGGGGUUGCAACAGAUAAUGGAGAAAUCAAGGCAUAUGAAUUAAAUAAUGAAAAAAAAAAAAAGUAUACAUAACAAAACAAAAAGAACAAAUGAAGCCCAGCAAUACAACUCUAUGGUCCACAGUAUUUGUAAGUCUCCACCUUUCUCUUCUUCUUUUUGUAUUUUUUUAGUUAUAUAUCUACUACCCUCAGAUGAGAAAAAAAUUCACUCCAUGUUCAGUUUUGAAUAAUUAAACCCCACACAAAGAAAGAAGAAAGAAAAAAAAAAACAAGAAGAGGGGGGGGGGGGGGGGGGGGGGGGGAUUGUUUUCGGGGGAGGUUUUUUUUUUAAAAUUUCCCUGUGGGGGGGGGGGGGGGGGGGCGAUUAUUAAUCGAGGGACAGCUAUUAUUCGAGGAAAUACAAUAAACGCAAAAAUCUUCUCAGAAGAAAUAAAGAAACAAAGGGAAAACUGGAAACCAACUUGUUUUCUUUCCUUUAGAUGUAAACGAAUGUAUAGAAGGUCUGUCAAACUGUCAUGCCAACGCUAACUGCAAGAAUACUGCUGGCUCAUUCACUUGUAAAUGUAAAACGGGUUGGGCCGGAAGUGGCAGGAUCUACUCAAGUAGAUUGAGAUUUACAUGUAUAGUAACCUUUACUAUAUCCGGUAGAUUUAAAUGACGGUUCUACUCUGGUUCUUGUUUGUGUGUCCUUUCUGUAUGUGUUGUAGUUUUUAGACAAUUUAGCUAUGAGUCUGGGAGUUAAUGACGAACAGUCUCAAAUUAUGCCUGCAUUUACUAAGUAAUGCUGUCUUAAGCUUAUACCCAGGCUAACAGAUCCAGAGUUAAUGCUUAUCCAGGGACACGUUUGAUAAAACGCGAAGAGCUCAAAAAUCGUGGAGUGAGACCCAAAGCAUCGACGCACGAUAAGGGGGCCCAAAAUAGCAGAGGGAUGACUUGCACUCGUUAUUAUGAGAUUGCAUGUUAUCUCCCAAUGCAUGUUAAUAUUUUGUUAGGAUUUAAUUUUGUUUUGAUAUAAAUUUAAUUAUUCUUUGUUCUCCUUCAUGGAAAUAUUGUAAUAUGAAUAUGACUCUAAAAAUAGCAUAGUAGAGACUCCGGCAAAUGGCAAUGUUUCGCUUCACUUUCCAAAAAGUCCUUCGUCGGCCACAAAGGCUCGCUUCGCUCGCCAAGAGGUCGAUUUGUAGCAAGUCUAUGUUUCGCUGAGUCUUUCAAGUUCCUUCAAUUUCUUCCAGAAUUGUGUCAGGACCCUGGAAUUCCACCAAACGGGGCCCGGAGAGGAAAUGAUUUUCGACAUGGGAAGCAGCUCGGUUUUACUUGCAAUAAUGGUUAUACCUUGAUCGGGAGUCGAGCAAUAACCUGCUCGGGAGGAAAGUGGAAUUCAGCAACUCCGCAGUGCAAAAGUAAGUUAAAAGAAUAAAUAAAUAAAAGGAAAAUCAUCGCAGUUGAAGGCGCGCUGCUUAUACUGCUCCAAAGAGAAAGCCUGAAGAAAUUCAGGCUUGCCGGGAUUCCAACCCUAACUUCUGGUGCGGCGCUAUCACCAAUUAAGCUAACAAGUCAACUGAGAACUGGUUAUUAAAUUGGUUCGUAAUAUACCGGAAUUGAAAGAUGAAGAUGAAAGCUAAAUUGGUGAGAGCGCUUCAUCGGUAUAACAGUGGUCAGAGUUUGGUGUUAUUGUUGUUGUUGUUUGCAAAAAAUUAUGUUGAUUAAAGCUAGAAGUAUUAUAUAACGUAUCAGUCGUGCACAGAGAAUGAAAUAUUUUGUGACUAUUAAAUUUAUUUAGAGACUUGCGCUGAUCCCGGAGCUCUACAAAACGGUCGUAUAAUUGGCAGUGAUUUCCGUCAUGGCAAAACAGUAAAGUUUCUUUGUCAAUUUCGUUUUACGGUGAGAGGGGCUAGGAGCAUUACUUGCAAUGAUGGAAGAUGGAGCGGUAAAAUUCCCGUUUGUACAGGUAUAGUUUAUAUGAGCUUGUCAUGAGUGUUGUGUAAAUAGAACGUCGGAUGUUACUUAUCGCAUAACAGGGGCACCCAACGAGAACAUAGUUCAAAAGCACUUAAACAUAGCAUUGUUAAACGUAUUUUAGCAUUUAAACGGUAGAUAAAGGCAUAUUUUUAUCCCCUAAAAAUUUUUCAUGGUUCGGAUUUCCGAGCUGAAAGUCUAGUGAUCCGAAAAUUAUAGGGAUCAAAACUUACCUUUUCGAAAAUGUCAGCCUGAGAAAAGGUUCCCGAAAAUUCUAGGUGACCUUUUUAGGGUGAAAAUCCGUUAAAAAUAUGCAAUUAUACCAUUUUUAAGGUGUUCGAAACUCCUAGGAGAGGCAGGCAAGCAAGAAAUUUUACAACAAAUGUUCCGAAAAUUCUAGAUCUCAGAUCGUCUUCCGAACAGAUAUUUUCCCGAAAAUUGUCGUUGGGUGCCCCUGAUAAUUGAAUUUUUCUGGCUUUUUAUCCUCUCUUGUUCAAAGACAAAAUAAAAUCACCACUACGAACUAAUUAAGCCCAGCACCCGCAUUUUUUUAGAUUCUCCUCUUUUCGCUGGCACAAGCUUACAUAUCAGUGAUGGGCAAACAGGUCUCGAUCAUAAAGAGUUAAUUUUCACCUUAGAAAGUUGACAAUAUCUUCCAGCACUUUUCUGCGAUUUAUACGACUUUCAGUCGAUGCUUUUCCUGAGCAAUUAGCACAUAGACGUUAUUUUCAUUGUUACUUUUUAGCAAUCUGCAACCACCCUGGAACUCCUCGAAACGGCGCAAAGCAUGGUAGAAAUUUCGAAUCUGGCUCAACGGUGAACUUUACAUGCAAUGCUGGAUACACAUUGGUUGGUAGCAAAACAAUUGAGUGUCGCAGUGGACGUUGGAGCUCAAAUUCACCACACUGCAAAAGUAACUUAUGCUUUCACUAUUACUCUAAAAAAUCAACAUUUCAAGUUUCAAGUUUAUUAUUAUUUUACAAUCCAACUGACCUGCAGGUAGCUAGGCUUAUCGAGGCAGGUCAGUCUCACAAGUUUUAAUAUUACAGAUUUCAAAAAGAGUUUAAAAGAGAGGUGAACAAAGUAACAGUUUUGCAAAACGGAGAGAAACAUAAAAGUAAUAUGGUUUCAUAUUGAAUCAAAAAAGGAAAACCUAAUAAAGGGACAAAAAUGAAAUAAUUAUGAUAUGACAGGUAUCUAGAUAUAUGUAUAGAAGUCCCUUCUUUUUAAUAUUAGGCAUGAUUUUGUCAUUAAUACACACUCAUGUUAGUCUAGUCUUUAUGUCAGCAAAAAGAACAACGCCCAUUUUUUCCCUUACUGUGCUAACUGCACAAGUUCAUGUGAGUGCAAGAAUCUAUACAGUUUCAUGUUUGCACGCAAGCAUUUUAUACCAGUUGAUAUGGUUAAACGCGGGGCUAGAUCCUAAUCCGUAUAGCCUUUUCGUUCUUCACAGAGACUUGCAGUGAUCCUGGAGCUCCACUAAACAGACUCUUCUUCUUCUUCUUCUCCCUUUUCUUCUUCUUCUUCUUCUUCUUCUUCUUCUUCUUCUUCUUCUUCUUCUUCUUCUUCUUCUUCUUCUUCUUCUUCUUCUUAUUAUUAUUAUUAUUAUUAUUAUUAUUAUUAUUAUUAUUAUUAUUAUUAUUAUUAUUUUUAUUCAUUGGAACGCAAGGAAAUAUAUGCGUAUUAAUUAAGUAAAAGAAGACUUAGACGACUUAAUGAAUUGCUUUGUUUUGUUUUCAGCAAAUUGUAAGGAUCCUGGUAUUCCAGAACAGGGUGGAAGGAAAGGCAGCAGUUUUGCCCACGGCAAAACAUUGAGCUUUUCAUGUAAUGUUGGAUACACUUUGGUUGGUGCCCAGACUAUCGAAUGCCGUGAGGGAAUUUGGAGCGCACAGUUACCGCUUUGCAAGAGUAAGUUUUCUUUAACUUCUAAUCUCAAGGACGAAUUUUUUUUCUUACACUAGCUAUAUAGCUAUUUGCAAAAGAGCACAUUCAAGAAUGGCAUCUUCAGUUAUAGAAUGAUUAACGUGAAGAUGUCGUUUUCUGUAAAUUACAGAUUGAUUGUGCAUCUCUUAAAUUAAUUAUCGUAAUGCCCCGUUUCCAACUUCACAGAGAGUUGCACUAAUCCAGGAGCUCCACAAAACGGUCACAGAAGUGGCAGUGAUUUCAGACAUGGGAAAAAGGUGACUUUCACAUGCCAACGUGGUUUUAUAUUACGUGGCAUUAGCAGCAUUACGUGCAAUAACGCGACAUGGAAUGGAAACGUUCCCGUAUGUAGAGGUAAGAGAGGCAGUCUGCAUAUAUUUGUUUAGUUCUCGCAGACUACGAGGAGCCUAAACUAAUGGACCCUUAACAUUUUACCUUUACAAGUUCGUUUUGCUGUCGGUUAUUCACGGAAUUGUUUUUCUCGUUGGCAACUGAAAAUGUACCCAUAACUUUACUUAGAUGAAACAUGUAUUACAGAGAUUUCGUUUUUGACAAUAAUUGAUUUAACUAUACGUAGUCAUUCGAACUGAUGCCGAAAAAAGAAUCGCGUCGCCUUAACCGAAGCUUGCUCGUUCAUGACAUAGGUGACUUGUAAUCUUUAAAUCAUAUCAUUUGUAAUGUUUCACUUACUUUUAUGGUUACUAUCAGAAUGUCUUCUGAUGGCUAAUCGAGAAAUUGUAACCGAUUUCUUGCAUGCUGUUUUAUCAGUUUAUGUAAUGGUCUUUUUCACACCUGCAUAUACAACGCUGUAUGCAUUACAGGUUGACCUUCAAUUGUCUUUGUUUCAGCUGUCUGCAAAAUUCCUUCAAUCCUGAAAAACGGAGCUAUAUCAACUGUUAACUUUGACAAUGAAGGCAUUAUAGAGCUGUCUUGUCACCACGGAUACAAAUUAAGCGGAUCGCGCGUGUUGCAAUGUGUCAGUGGCCAAUGGAAUGAUAGCAUACCACAAUGUCUUAAAGGUAAAAUAGCAACUUUAUUUGGUCAGAAAAUUAACAACAAAAAUAAUAUUAUAUGAAUCUUAACCACUCUCGUCCUCAGGUAGAAUUGGACCUACAUCAGUUCAAUUAUGGCGCAAAGAAUUAGUAAAUAUGCGUUUUAUGUAUUGGAGUCUUUACUAUAUAGAAAAAAAUAGUUUAUAAUAAUUGUUUGAUGGUUCGUAGCUCAGAGUUUAUGGCAGCAUUUGCUAUCAUUUGUUUUUCUGGGAUGAAAAAUUCUUUGUUUCAGUAGAAUAAAGUGGUUUUGCCUCUAAGUCGAACAUGUUUACAGCCUCAAGACAAAUGAUUCUUAUUGUUGCUGAUAACGAAAAUACAACGCGUAUAAUCAUGAGGUGUUUAUGAUUUUAGAUACUUGUCCCAGUCCCCCUACAAUUGCGCACGGUUCACACAAUGGUAAUGAUUUCACCAGUGGCACAAACGUGACGUACUCGUGCAACAAACAAUAUGUUCUGGAAGGUUCCGCUGUCAUCCGAUGUGUGCAUAGACAGUGGAUUGGAAAAGUACCAGUAUGCAGAGGUAUUGAUUUUUAAUAGGCAUUAAAGGGGCUGUGUACGUGGAUACUGCUGUUUUGGGUCAAUCCUGUGCUUAAGUCGUUACAAAGAGCCUUUACUCAUACACAUGCACAAACCACAAUAAGGUUUUGGUGAUUUCCGCUGGCAUAACAUUAAAACGUUUUUUUUGGUAAUUUUCUGUUUAUGUCCAUCUGGUCAUCACUAGAAGCACAUGAUAGGAGACAGAUUCAAUGUGUGGUAGUCUUAAAAAGCAAAACAGGUCCACGAUUUUUUGGAAUUCAAUUCGCUGAGGGGGAGAAACGCUUUAGCUUAUUAAAAUGGUAGCAAAUAUCAUGGCACAGUCCGUUUUAGACAAUAAUUCAACUGUAUAAUAUUAAUAUGAUAUACCGCUGCUUUCUCGGUGGUAUACUUUAUUCCGCAAAUAUUGUCAGCGGGAUCAUUUCUUUAAUGUUCUCUUUCAGCCCCUUGCCAGGCCCCAAAAGUACCAGCUAAUGGCUUUGUCUUUAGUGAUAACCUGCAACAUCAUAGUAAUGUACAGUUCUGGUGUGCUAAAGGCUUUGUUUUGCGCGGUUUAACUACCAUCCAGUGUAAGGAUGGGCAGUGGGAUGCUCCAUUCCCUGUCUGUGAA